GUUCGCAAACUCCAACGACCAGAAGCUGCAAAUGAGAAAAACAGCCCACACCAUUUUUUUUGUACAUUUCUUGGACAAGUUUAAGGAUGUGCACUGUAAAUCCUUGUACUGUGAAUUUAUUCGUUGAAUAAUGUUCGCUAACAACUGAAAAACAAUCUUGAAUGCGACUUAUAGCGACUGUUGACAACCAGGACGAUGGUGACCGUAGUCGAGCUGCUGAGUCUCCUGUUGGUGUCGGUGCUGUGGGGCUGCACCAACCCUUUCCUAAAGAGAGGGACCGAGGGGAUAGAAAAUGUGACAAAAACCAGCAACGUGGCACAGCUGCUGGCGGAGCUCAGGUUUCUCUUUCUUAACAUCAAGUACCUGGUCCCAUUUCUGUUAAACCAGAGUGGUUCAGUGGUCUACUAUUACACACUUUCAACCACAGAGUUAUCGUUUGCUGUUCCUGUAGCCAACUCCCUCACCCUCCUUUGCACUCUGCUGACUGGCAAGUUUCUAGGGGAAGAGAUUGGAGGCAAACAGGCUGUCGUAGGAAUGUUCCUCACCAUGGCUGGCAUCACUCUGUGUAUUAUAAGCUCCAUUGAUGAUACUGACAGAGAUACUGGGAAUCAGAAUAUGACCCAACCCGUGUACUGAAGGAGAUCAGGAUUUAAGCCAAUUCCUCUGCGCCUUCAAAUAAAUCCUUCACCGUAAAUGGAAAGAAGGGCGAUGAAGCUGGAGCAGGACUGAAGAGGAUGAUUUAGAUUCAGAGAGCAGCUCCUGAGAGCGGCAAUGCUGAUGGGAGAAUUGUGUCUAAACUAACUCAAGCUUCAAAAGGCUUGUCCAGAAAACUCUCACACCAUGUUGAGGGGGGAAGCGGGUUCAUGGAGAGUUCACCACAGAGCUUGACUCGAUUUAUGACGCUCGCAUAGAAAAGCGGUGGUUGUUAACUUUUACUUUUAAACGCUCUGCUGCGCCUGCCAUGUGACUGGCAUCUGCAUAGAUGCUGCAGAGACCACAUAUAAAUAAGCCCGGGGUAGAUGUCAGCUUCUGGUUUAAUGGGGACAUUUUGUGGUGGCUGCCUUUAGCCUGCUGUAGAGUAAGAGCAAGGCAUGAGGGGACAAUGUUGUUGUAUAGCUUGAGGAUAAAAUCUGAUUUAUUUAUUUUAUUUUUCUUCAUCUUUCGCCUUUCCUUUUACUGUUUACUCGUGAUAUACUAUGAAGGAAUAUACUGCUUUUAUUUUCCAAACUACUUUUGAAAGAAAAAGACUGUAACUGUGUAAAGAGUUCAGAAAUUGGUCACAUGUACAGUAAUAUAUAUGUUUAUUGUCACAUUUAAUUGAUACAAGACAC